AUCAAGAACAACAACAACAACAACGAAAGGUUCUCAAGGUACUAGCAACAUACAAAUAUCCCCUGCGAUCGCUGAUUUUAUCCGACAACAAAAAGAAUAUGCAUCAUCGAAUGAAAACAAAACGAAUGAUACACCUACAACUAUGGAAGAGAUCGGCAAGUUUUUCAUGGAUCAACGCAAAGCUGGAAAACAAGACAAAGACCUCCUGGAAUUGAUGGCACAAACUGAAAAGGCUGGAAAGGGAAUGAUGGAUGAUGAUAAGGAAAAUGACGAUGACCAUCCGACAGACGAAGUGAUCCCUCUUUCUAAUAUGGAAGAUCUGACGUUGAAAAUCAUGACCAAAUCUAUUCACUUUUUGACAUCACCCUCUGGACAACUGAAGGCGCAAAUGCUCCAACUCUUCACCAGUGGCACUCGUAUUUUGGCGGCAAGAACGGAUAAGUUGGACCCUCUGAUUCACCAAGUAUGGCCUCUUAUUAUGCAUCGACUGGAUGAUCCGACACAUUAUGUAGCGUACUAUGCAGCUGAACUUGUCCAAGCACUAACAGAAACUAGCGGUGAAUUUAUCUCUCGACGAUUUGUAGAAAAUGUAUGGCCACGAUUUGAACCACACCUAGCCCAAGCAAAACAACACAUGACAACAUCCUCCACGCCCAUUUACUCCACUUACUCCUAUCCUCAUCGCCUACAACGCUGUAUAUUAAAAACAUUGAUUCUUGCUGCUUUACAUAUUCACAUGUCUCAACAAGUGGCACUUGCUAUGGCGGAAGCGACAACAUGGCUUUUAUCACGACGACGAGUACGUCAAGAAUUGCAAGAUCUUACCAUUCAACUUUAUCUGGCACUCUAUCAACAUCAUCCAGAUGCUUUAUGGUUCCAUGUAUUUAGUCUGAUGGAAACUCCUGUUAUACAACCACCUACCAUUCCUGAUGAUCUUUCAGACAGUAUUACUCUUGAUCCUAUGAUUGUACCUGAUUGGAUGAUGAAAAAGGAAAAGGACUAUUAUACCAAUGCAAGAAAUGUGAUGGAUGCCAUGGAACAUACUACUAUUAGUGUUUAGAGUAGAUUAGUGAUGAUAUUUGUAUUUAUAUUUUGGUUGAAAACUGAUAAUAAUAAUAAAAGUGUAUAUAAUUUAACAACAUUAC